AUGGAAAAACUGGAAACCCUCGUGGACAGCUUGCAGAGCUUUUUACAUCAGAUGGAUGAGAGGCUUUUACGACAUGAGAAGCUCAUUGAGACAUCCCUUCGAAGGAACUUCUCAGAGCCCAUGGUGUUCUCACCCUCCGGGCCCUGCGCCAGCUCCAUGGAACGACCUGAUCCUCCAGAGACCCGCAAGUCGCCGGCCUUCCACCCAGGGCGCGACCUCACCAGCGAUAUCGUUGAAGAGGCACCUAGGAGUCCGAAGAGCCCUUUGUCCGAAGCAGAUGGAGAUGGCGAUCCUGAACCAAACUUCGACUUGAACUCGCCGAUCUCGCAACCGGCGAAUUUGAUUCGGUUGACCUCCAACCAGCGUGGAACCCGACUUUUCAAGCCUGUGAAGCAGAAUUCCUAUGAGCUAGCGCAAGAGGAGGAAUCCAGAAUGGUGAUGCCCGGCACGUCAAGCCCAUCCAUCCAUGCCUCGGAGAUGCCGCAAUUCCAGCACAUCCAUAAGGGUCGUCCAUGUCGAAAAUAUAUGGCAAAGAUCGUCUCUACCUGGCAAUUCGAAACCGUUUUCGCCCUCUUCAUUCUGGCGCAUGCCAUUUUGCUGGGCGUUCAAAUCGAAUGGGAAUGUCAGAACCUUGAUGCUGAGCUCCCCAGCGAACUGGGCUUGAUUCACAUCAUCUUUAGCUGUGUCUUUCUGGUCGAGAUCAUUCUGCGAAUCAUUGCCUUUGGCAUGUACGAAUUCUGCAAAGGGGAGUCAUAUGCGUGGAAUUUGGUCGAUCUUUUCCUGGUGUUUAUCGCUAUGGUGGAGAUCUUGGCUGAUGCUUUCAUCGAGGACAAUUUUGCCAGCGGAAGCUUUCGUGUGUUGCGGAUCCUGCGGCUGGCUCGCUCAGCGCGGGGGCUUCGGAUUGUCCGGCUGCUUCGCUUUAUCCGGCCGCUACGGCUACUAGUUUUCUCUAUCGCGAUCACACUGAAGUCCUUAGUCUGGUCCAUUAUUCUCUUGUUCAUCAUCAUCUACUUAUUUAGCAUUCUGUUCGCCGACGCCAACUUGGCCUACUUCAAAGUUGGGAACAUACCUCCACUGCUUGUGAACGAAGAUGACCUGCAAUUUCAUUUUGGGUCUGUGUCGGCAGCAAUGAAUACAAUGUUUCGAGCCAUUGCCGGUGGUUUGGAGUGGCGACAUGCAUCCAGCGCACUGGCAUCGUCGAUCGGUCAAGGUUGGUCACUCCUCUUCACCAGCUACAUCGCAUUUUGUUGCUUCGCAGUACUGAAUGUCAUGACCGGAGUCUUUUGCCAUAGCGCCAUCACUGGUGCAGAGCAGGAUCAUGAGAUUAUGGUCCAAUCCAUGGUCAACGAGCAAGACCGAAUACGGCAUGCUUUUGCAGACCUCUUCCAUCUGAUGGACAAGGAUGGAAGCGGUACAAUUACCAUCAAGGAGUUUGAGAAGGGCUUCCAUGUUGACACGACAAAAGCGCUUUUCGAGGCUCUUGGAUUAAAAGCCGAGGAUGCUUGGACGCUCUUCCGGAGUUUGGACAAGGACGGCGAUCACCGAGUGGGUGAGCAUGAGUUUGUCCAAGGUUGCAUCCACAUUCGAGGCCCUGCUCGGCAGGUGGAUCUGAGAAGACAGGCCCAGCGCACCAGGAGUCAAUUAGACGGCUUGGAAAUCAAUGGUUAUGAGAACCUGGCUCUUUUGAAGGAGAUGGCAGAGCAGAUGGGCAUUGACCCGGGCCACAUCUUAGAGCCCAUGCACUCUGAACGCCGCAGCAGCCGUGGUAGCCGACACAGCCGUGGCAGCUGUUAG